AUGGUCCAGAUUCCAAUAAGCAGCACAGGUCAUUCAAACUUGCGAACUAAUGAUGGUAUCAAACGUGAGAGCAACGCACCCGAGUUACUCCUUUACCUGACCGCUAUGCCUAACGGGGACACUCCAUCUCCAGGCGACGGCUUGAUCCUUUGUUUGGUCAAACUGGGUCUCCUAUUGGUUCAUGUUGCAUCGAAUUUCCCUCCAACGGCUAGUUUGUUUGCCGUCAGCCAAUUCGUCGAAUCCAGUUUGCUGCUUGGGCAACUUAACAUUGCCUCAGCUCUCGUACUUCCUUCGAGUGCCAUGACAUUUAGGCACCGAAAGAAUCUUACAGGUGUUUUUGUCCUGUGUGUAUUAGCCGCAUAA